UAAACUACCAUUUCUUGUCAAACGGAGGAGAAAGACAAAGUAUUCCCUUUUUAUCUUGUGUGUGAUGAUUGCAUUGAUGGCAGUGCUAGGCCUUUAUAAAGUUACCAGUGUAAGUGGUUACGUGCUACAAUAAACUUUUGAUUGGAGGUACGUGGAGCCUAGUAUUCAGCCAGACGACAGUUGUGAUGGUGAAAACCCCAAUAGGCUUCAAAGACACGCAAUUUCAGGUUAUAUUAAAGGCUGAAGCAGGAAAUUCACAUACUUUAGAGCAAGCUUGCUACAAAGACCCUCUAAAAAUCACAGCACUGGCAGAAUUGGAAGAAGAGAAUGCAGAAGUGAGUAGUCAGUUGGCUUGUUUGGAAGCAAGAUCAACCGGUACAGCUAGAGGAAGGCAGUUUGAGUCUUUGGGGCUAUCCAAACGUGAGCUCAAACCACUUAAGCCAUCUAUAGAAGAACCCCAAUUUCUGGAGCUAAAGCGUUUGCCUUCCCACCUUUGAUAUGCAUUCUUGGGGGAAGUAGAAAUGCUACCAGUUAUUGUAUUAGCUGAACUAACUGAAGACUAGGAGCAGAAGUUACUUGAGUUGUUGAGGAACUUC